AUUGAUUAACAGAAUAAUAGUUGCCGAUAAUAUUUCUGUCGAUCAACCAAUUGAUUAAUCUGCUAAUUGUUGCAGCUCUACGUGUCACCCACUCUUAGUUUACAUUAUUAUUCUAAAGCACCAAUAGUCAUACCAAAAGUGUCAUAAUAUUAUCUGUAAUCACAUAUUGAGUAAAAAAAUGUAUUAGAUUUUGUCGGUUUUGUCAAUAAUAUUUGGUGAGCAUCUCCAUCAUUCACUCGUAUCUACAUAGAGAAAAACCAAGUAAGUUAAAAUUAACCACGACAACAAGUACAAAUGAGGUACAGUGUCAGGUCAGUGUGUAUGUGCACAUUUUUAAGAUAUUUGUGCUGUGGGUUCACAAUGAGAGUUUUCGGAAAGUGGAUGAAGAUGACCAAAACAGAGAUUAUACAGAGAGAGAAACAGCUGAAUUAGAUAGAGGGAGAGACUGAAUGAGGGAUACAAAAAGGGAAAAGGUUGGGAGGUGCAAGAGAAGUGAGAAGAGGGAGUGGUAAUGAGAGAAGGAGGGAUUGGAAGUGAGGGAAGAUGAGACAGAAGGGGAAGGAGAGGGAGAUGUCUUUGUGUUAAUGGUAGCCGUCAUCCUCUGCUGUAAGCGACUCCUCAUUGGCCAACCAGAAGCCCCCCUGUGUGAAGGAAGUAUCACCAGGGAAACUUCGUCUCGCUGCCUCUUUACAUUGCAAGCUCUUUGCAAAAAUGGGGGACGACCGACCUUUUGUGUGCAAUGCUCCUGGCUGUGGACAGAGGUUUACCAAUGAGGACCACUUGGCUGUACACAAACACAAGCAUGAGAUGACACUGAAAUUUGGACCACCCAGGACUGACUCUGUCAUUAUUGCAGACCAGACACCUACUCCCACCCGCUUCCUAAAGAACUGCGAGGAGGUUGGUCUGUUCAACGAGCUGGCCAGCUCCUUCGAACAAGACGAUGAUGAAAAGAGGGCCAAGAACUCUCUUCCCGCUGCCAACUCUGUGGCUUUGGACAUGAGCCUGCAGACGCCAUCAGAUGUGAAGGUGAAAGAGGAGGCACCUGUAGAGGUCGACUCCUCGCCCCCAGGCAGCCCUGAAUCUAUCUCUGGAAAGUCAGACAGUAGCAGAGAGCCUCUGGUUAAAGCAAAGGACAUCCCCCCCAGGAGUUCAGCCCCCACGCCGACUAUUGUGCGUCCAGGUUCCCUGCCACUACACUUGGGCUUUGAUGCCCUUCAGCCCACCAUGCCAUCACCGACCUCUGUCAUCACACAGGCACCACCUUCCAAUCGUACUCUGGGUUCGCCAACCAGCCACUACCCCAUGAUGAUGCUUCCCUCUGGUCAGGCAGUGCCUUUGCUCCCUGGUCCUGUACAGAUGCCCUCUGUUAUUAAUCUGGCCCGACCCUUGUGCAUGGUACCCAACAUUCCUGGGAUCCCUGGUCCUCCUCUGGGAGGCAGCAGCAGCGGCUCUAACUCCCCCUCUGGCUACAGCAUCCACUCAGAGGCCAAGAUGCGUCUGAAGGCUGCGCUGUCCCAGCAGAGCCCGUCAGGACAGAGUAUGGGGGUCAUGGCCAUGGGCAGCAGCCCCAUGGUGCCUCAGAAGGCAGAGCAGAGCCAGCUGCUUGUCCAACAGCCAGAUGCUCCAUCACCUGCACAACCUCAGGUAUCUCCAGCGCAGCCUACAGGUGGGCGUCGGCGGCGGACAGCAGACGAUGACCCAGAUGAGCGAAGGCAACGCUUCCUCGAGAGGAAUCGGGCUGCGGCAUCGCGCUGCAGACAGAAACGCAAACUGUGGGUCAGUUCCCUAGAGAAGAAGGCUGAGGAGCUCAGCACCCUGAAUGUCUCACUGUCGAAUGAAGUGUCUCUGUUGCGGAAUGAGGUGGCUCAUUUGAAGCAGCUGCUGUUGGCCCACAAGGACUGUCCUGUUACCACCCUACAGAAGAAGACUGCCUACUUAGCUGCAGAGGAGAGCAUGAAAGACACCUCAGAGCCUACAGGUUCUCCUGCCCCGGUGAUCCAGCAUAGCUCUUUGGCGCCCAGCCCCUCUGCAGGGCAAAACGGCCUGAGCUCAAGGGCAGCAGCGGAGGCCAUGGCUAUGUCUGUGCUGGCAGGAAUGGGCCAGCAGCAGAGGGCUGAGAGUGGACCCUCUCACAUUAUCAUGGCUGCACAGUCUCAGUCUGCUGCCAGAUGAUGAGCGAUGCCACCACGGCCAAGACUUGGCUCAUCACGAGGGGCAAAAAAAAGAGCAGUGGACCCCACCCCCACCCCAAUCCCCAAGCUUCCCCAAUCUAGAAAUCCAAAUAUCUCAUCUUCCAUUUCGCCUUUUCUCCUCUGCUCUCUCUGAUCCUCCUGUGGAGCCAUCAUGCUGUGGCCUGGAGCUCAGCAGCAGCCUUCUGGGAAUGGACUGAGACUUUUGAGAGAGCUUCCUGUUCACUUUGCCAUAGACUACAGGGGCUGGACUCCACCCCCCCCC